AUGUAUGAUCCCAGCUUCUCAAGUACCAGGAUCAAGUUUGUGAUCGAUCAACUGGAGGAGAUCCAUGACGAGGGUCCUGCAGACAGCCCCAUGAAGAGCGUCAUCGUCUCCCAAUUCACUGAAAUGCUGGAUGUGGUAGCUAGUCACCUCAGCUGGGCAGGCUUUGAGUACUGGAGUAUCCGUCGUGCAAUCCCACCCAAGAAACGAAGUGAGGCGAUGGAUGACUUUAAUAACAACCCCAGGGGUCGAGAGGUCAUGCUGGUUUCUUUGAAGGCUGGCAGGGUUGGCCUGAACCUCAUAGGGGGUAAUCAUCUCUUCUUCCUGGAUAUGCACUGGAACCCAGUCUUAGAAGACAUAGUCUGUGAUUCGAUCUGCAGGGAGGGGCAGAUGAGGAUUGUUUACAUCCACAAGUUUGUCUGCGUCGACACGAUUGAGGAGAGGAUAUUAGAACUACAGGAAAAGAAAAGACAGCUUGCCAAAGAUGUACUCACAGGGUCCAAGGAGGUACCCAGUCAGGCAGAUCUGGAAUUCUUGAUUGGCGACCUGUACCAAAAUGAAGCAUAGUGAUUGACUCUUGGCCCAGGUGACCUUUGAUCUGGAUGACCCUUGCCUUAGAUGACCCUUGACCCUGCAUGACUGUUGAUCUAGAUUAGAGCUAAUAUUCAUGAAAAUUGCAAUUUAGAGGAAAUAUAAUUUGCAUAUCAGUUUGACUGAUAAUUUUCUGCCUUUUAACUGAAUUCCAUAGGCAGUCUGACACAGGAGAAAGAAAAUAUUUUAACAAUAUAGAAACUUUUGUGAAUUUCUUCAUUUUCUUGAGUGGUUGAAUUCAUGAAUGUUUUAUGCUGAAAAACAAACAAAUCACCAUGCUGCAUGUUAACGAUUCAUGAAAUUGUCUGACUAUGCAGUUAACAUAAUACAUAUAUGAUGUUCAUUUAUCUGUUGUCAAUUCUCUUUGAGGGGUUUCAGAUUGUACUCUUAAUUAUGUAAUAUUAAAAUGUGUUUCAUAUUUUAUAAUAUGAUAUCUCAGUGCAAAACUUAUCACAUAAUUUAUAUGCCUACAAAAGAGAAAGGAUAUGUGAAAAUCAAGUCAUUUUUUGAUGUUUUAUUUGUAUAU